CUCGACCUCCUCCCCGCCCCUGAGCGGGCCCAGCGCUGGCCCUGGCGACGCGCUCGCUGGGUACUAGCCUGACCUUUUUGACCUUUCGGUUGCCCCCGUCCUCCACCAAUGUCGUGCUCCCUAAACGGGUGAAUGUACCCCAAGGAGAGUAAGGAGGCUCAGGUCCAGACUGGAGCGGGAAUUAAGGGCCUGGUGGCAUAUCUGUAAUCCCAGCACUCUUGGGAGGCUGAGGCAGGAGGAUUGCAAGUAGUGUUUGGAAAGAAGAGGGCAAGCUCGUCCAGAUGAGGUGGGGCCAUGGAGGCUGAGACACCAGGAAAGAAUUUCCUCCACUUGCCUGGGAGCAGAUGGCACGGGGCCAAAGCUAAGUGUUAUCCGUAGACGCUGGGAUGCAGGGAAGAUGGAAGACCCAGUGAAAAGAAGGUGGAGAGAGGCCCGAACCAAAAGCUGUAUUAUAAAGCGCUACUGUGAGAAAAGAUUUGUGUCUAAAUACCUUGCCACGAUUGGAAUUGACUACGGAGUCACAAAGGUACAAGUCAGAGACAGAGAAAUCAAAGUUAACAUCUUUGAUAUGGCCGGACAUCCCUUCUUCUAUGAGGUUCGAAAUGAGUUCUACAAGGACACCCAGGGUGUGAUCCUGGUCUACGACGUGGGGCAGAAGGAGUCCUUUGACGCCCUGGAUGCGUGGCUGGCAGAAAUGAAGCAGGAGCUCGGGCCUCAUGCAAACAUGGACAACAUUAUAUUUGUGGUGUGUGCCAACAAGAUCGACUGCACCAAGCACCGCUGUGUGGAUGAAAGUGAAGGCCGGUUCUGGGCAGAGAGCAAAGGCUUCCUCUACUUUGAGACUUCAGCCCAGACUGGAGAAGGAAUCAAUGAGAUGUUCCAGACCUUUUAUGUGUCCAUCGUCGAUUUAUGUGAAAAUGGCGGGAAGCGUCCUACCACAAACAGCAGCGCUAGCUUCACCAAAGAACAAGCAGAUGCCAUUCGCCGAAUUCGAAAUAGCAAAGACAGUUGGGACAUGCUGGGUGUCAAACCUGGGGCCUCACGGGAGGAACUCAAUAAAGCCUAUCGGAAACUCGCCGUGCUUCUCCACCCCGAUAAGUGUGUGGCACCGGGCAGCGAAGAUGCCUUCAAAGCAGUUGUGAACGCCCGGACAGCCCUGCUGAAGAGCAUCAAGUAGACCAGGGACAACGGGCUGGGACUCAAGGGCACGCCACCUUCCCCGGGAGGCGAAGUAACCAGUGUGGAGUUUUCUUCACGAAUCUCACUGCUCUGUUCACUCACUCGCUGUCAUGUAUAUACCAGUGACCCAGGGCCUGUUAGCACUUCACAGGCAUUUUACAGCGAGAUGAUCUGCAUGUGUAGGGGGUGGAGAAUCCCUGGGACACCUGUGCACUGCACCCAUCCCAUUGUCAGAUAAUCCGGGGCUUUGCCAUUCGUCCGUAAGCUCCCUGGCGCUUCUCCUGGAAGGUCCACACGGUUCCUAGAGGGUGGGAAGACGCUGGCAAGACCCUUUUUUCCCCUUCUUUUUCCCUUCUUUUUAAAUUCAUCAUCAGAGAAACAAAAAUAGGAGAGAAAAUAACAAAAACUCGCAGAGAACAUCCCAGCCCCCGAGGGUCCAAUGUGAUGUCAUCGUCGUCGCUCCUCCCGGUAUUGAGAGUUCUUUUGGUGGCCUUUUGACCAUCCAUCUAAUUACUGAAGUUGGGAGUGAAGCAACUCAGUUCUGAGUUGAGCAACCCUUCUAUGGCAUUCACUCUGUCCCUUUAUCCAGCCAUCCGGCGGAGGGACCCGCCAGUCCUAAGAGAAAAGCAGCGGCACCAACAGAUUCUGGUUCCGGUGCCAGGUACUGCUGCUCAUUCUGCCCCUCUGGGCGCUUGAGGCCUUUCCCCUGCCACAGAAGCGCUCGCUGGCUCGCAGCACAGUGCACCUGGGAGUGAGGCGCAGCCGCAGGGUGGAAGUGCUCCCAGGCUAUCUUGGCCACGCCAGCCCCACACAAGCCUGGGGCAAGGCUGGCCUAGCAGGUGCGUUUGGGGCCUGAGAUCCUGUCGGAGGCCUGGCCCUGUUCUUUCCCAGAGGCAGGAGGGAGAGACAGGGUCCCAAGCAAGCCUGGCCUCCUCUUCUUCACUUACUCAGUUUCUCCCUUCUUCCUUUAUCCUCUUUGGUUUUUUUCUUUCUUUGUUUUGUUUUUUCUUUUUUAAGGUACCUCACAUCUGCCAUCAGGUCUCUCUCCUAGAAUCGCUGGCUUUCAGCCAUGACCUCUGGUUGACCAGAGAGUGGAGACUUUCUAAGCCCUGUGUGGGUCUGAAUCUCUAAUUUCUGCUUGGGCUCCAAAUUUCUAAAUAGUCAUAUUUUUGAACUACAGGUUAUGAAAAUAACUUCCACAUAGAGAAAUACAUCCUCAUGCCUUAGUCUCCUCCUCGGUCUGCAGGGAUGGGUGAGGAUCAGUAUCAGACCUGACAUUUCUCCCAUGUUCACAGAGCCAUCUCAUUACAGGACUCAUUACUUCAGCACUGUCUUCGUGUUACUCAUGUUUUUCACUGCAAUCACUUGUACUAAUAGGAGCUUUGAAGGAUAUGAUGUUGCUAUCUGUGAAUUUCAAACAGCUGUCCCAUAUUGAUUGCCAAGUAGUGUAUACUGUAAUACCUAAGAAGAAGAGUCACUUUCUUAUCAUCCAGGACACUGCAGUCUGGGGGCCUUUGCACCUCUCCCAAAGCAGCGUCACUCGGAAUGGAUGCACUCAGGCUGCAUGGAGGUUGUCGUCAGAAACCAGAGUGUUGUUUUUAUUUUUAUUUUUUGUGGUGCUAGGGGUUGAGCCCGUGGCCCUGCACCUCCUAGGCAAGUGCUUAACCAGUGAGCUGCAUCCCCAGCCCCGGGUCAUUGCUUUGUAAUAGGAGUUUUCAUCUGGGUGAUAAUCAAAAAUCCUUUUUUUAAAAAAGAUUUGAGACCUGGUAUAUUGUUUUCUUAUGGGAUUUUUCCCCUGGCCUUUACAUGAGCAUCAGGGACCGCAGAGCUCCAGCCCAGAGUUCUGAACCCUAAUCUCACUGAGGCCGUCCUCUUGCCUGACAUUGGGCCUGAGUGCUCAAUGUCACUCCGACAUUGGUCGGCUCUUGUAGCAAAUGUAGGAGUCACGUGAGGGAGGGGUCCUAUGCAGCGGCAUCUGCCCACACGGACUGGAGAGCCCACGGAGCACGCGGGCCUGUGUGACAGCUGGUGCCAGUGUGCAUCACGGUUGUUAAACGCUCAACCCCUCACCUCAGUCAGCUGCAGUACAUCGUGCAGAUGAGCAGGCAUGGCAGGGAGAAUCUUCUAGAGCUUCCAUUCGCAUCCUUAGGAGUGAGUUGUCGAAAUAUAGCUUUGGCUUGAUUCUUAAGCUGCGGGACUCAGUUUCCAACACCUUCGUUAUUAAUGUGCAGGACGGCCAUGCUACUCACAUAUGCAGAAGUAUUAACAUGAGAAAGUUAAGCCUCGAGGUCCUAGACUUUUUCUGAUUUUCAUAAUACUUCAGCAGACCAUUAAGAAAUAACAAAGCAUGAUGUGCAAUUUAAAGGUCUUUUGGUACUAACUUUAUGCAAAAUUUUACUGAUCUCUAUGCAUUAAUUUAAAUUCUUGGUGCAGAUGUGUGCUUUGUAGUUCAGUCUUAUCAAAAGUUCUCCAGCCUGUUAGGAUUUCAAAAAUACAUCAGUGAGAAUCACAACGAGCAGAAUAAUUUCAAUGGCUAAAAACUUUGUAUAAGGAAUUCUGUUUUUCAGAAAGAAUGAAAAGUUUGAACAGCUAUUAUUAACAAAAGCCCAUGUCUUCUACAUCUGAGUCACCAAGAAGUAAUGUGUUUUAAACUUGUUAGAAAUCCCUGGGGGCAUUUUCAACUUAAUCUUCCAGCCUCCCUAAGCACUUUAAAAUACUCCCUCCUCCCGUUUCUCUGUUCGCCUCUCAACUGUCAAUAUUUCUUUUGCUUUAGCACUGUCAUUUUAUUUCUUCAUAUAAAUGUAUCUUUGGGUUAAUUAGCCUAUUAAUUUAAAAGUCCAGACUUGGGAGGCUUCGUAUUGCUACCCAAGAUAAACUGCUAGAAUUCUAUAGCUUGCACACCAUUUUAAGGCUUGCAUUUAUCUCAGGAAACUUACACUGAUAUAGUCUCAUGUAUUGAAUUCUCAAGUGGUAAAGCUUUCUUUAUACCUGUGCACUAGUACCUAAUUCACUAUUAGUUAAAUGAGCCAUAGAGAAGGCAGCUAAAUGCCUGAAGGAUCACGAGAGCAAACCAGCGGCACCUGUGCUGAAUUAGUAAAGUGGCCAAUGUACAGAGAGCGGAGACAGAGCCACGGGUGGAGGGAGGGGUUUCUGUCUCCCCUCAGAAAGCGGGGUGCCAGGGGCUGGAUGCAAACUGCCUUUGACAGUGACAGUGUCCCUCUAACACAGAGGCUCCGUAGGCCUGGGAAUACCGCUUCCUUCACCACUGCACCCUGUCCAGCUCACUCUUAAGUAUGCUAAUGCUUUCGUAAAACUUUUGAGAAUGAAUUUAUUUUUAUUUUUUAAUUUUUGGUACCGGGGAUCGAACUCAGGUCCUUACGCUUGCGCAGCAGGUGGCAAAACCACUGAGCUAAAUCCCUGGCCCUGAGAAUAAAUUUAGACGCACAGUAGAGCUAACUUCCAUUGGAAGGUUGCAAAGUGAAGAAGGGGUUCAUACUUCUCAUUCUUGGUAUGGAGCACAAUUUUAAGACACAGUGAAUGCUGUUUGGACAUUGCUUUUUUCAUUGAACGUCGCUGGAGAAGACAGAAGCUUUUCCCUGUGACGUGGAAAAGUUAGGCUGCAUCUAAUGAGCAGUGCAAUAGUAGGCUGUGCAAUAGCGGCCCUCGCCGUGCGCGCCUUUUAUUGGAAAGCUGAGCAGUUGGGAGAGCUUCCUGCAUUGAUGGCUCCCUGGGCCUGCUGCCCCUCUGACUGAAUGCAGAGUCUAUCAAUAAACUCUUUGCUCUUACAAGGUAAUUUACAUAUCUGCUUUCUCUUGAAAUAACUAAAAAUGUUGAGUCUACGAGUUCUUUAUGUCUUGUAUACAGAGUGUCAUAUGUAUUUAAGUUGUGUAUUUUUAUAAAGUAAAGCCAAAUAUCACACA